GCCGCUGCUGCCCGCGAUGCUAGCCGCGCUGCUGAGCGGCGGCGGGGCCCGCACGGGGACAGUUCCGGGCGCCUUGCUGUGCCUGGUGGCGCUGCUGCAACUGCUGGGCUCGGCGCCGCGGGGCUCGGGGCUGGCGCACGGCCGCCGCCUCAUCUGCUGGCAGGCGCUGCUGCAGUGCCAGGGCGAGCCCGACUGCAGCUACGCCUACAGCCAGUACGCCGAGGCGUGUGCGCCGGUGCUGGCGCAGCGCGGCGGGGCUGACGCUCCGGGGCCCGCCGGCGCCUUCUCCGCUUCGGCCGCGUCCUUCUCGCCGCGCUGGCGCUGCCCGAGCCACUGCAUCUCGGCGCUCAUCCAGCUCAACCACACGCGCCGCGGGCCCGCGCUGGAAGACUGCGACUGCGCGCAGGACGAACACUGCAGGUCCACCAAGCGCGCCAUCGAGCCCUGCCUGCCUCGCACCAGCGGCGUGGGCCCAGGCGCGGGAGCGGGCUCGGUCAUGGGCUGCACUGAGGCCCGGCGGCGCUGCGACCGCGACAGUCGCUGCAACCUGGCGCUCAGCCGCUACCUGGCCUACUGCGGCAAGCUUUUCAACGGGCUGCGCUGCACCGACGAGUGCCGCGCGGUCAUCGAGGACAUGCUGGCCGUGCCCAAGGCGGCGCUGCUCAACGACUGCGUGUGCGAUGGGCUGGAGCGGCCCAUCUGCGAGUCGGUCAAGGAGAACAUGGCCCGCCUGUGCUUCGGCCCAGACGCGGGCAACGGUCCCGGCAGCAGUGGCUCGGAUGGGGGCCUGGACGAUUACUACGACGAAGACUAUGACGACGAGCAGCGUGCGGGGACGGCGGGCGGCGAGCAGCCCUUGGACGAUGAUGACGGCCUCGCUCGCCCGGGCGGCGGCGCUGCUGCGGCGGGCGGCCGUGGGGACCUGCCCCAUGGGCCGGGGCGCAGGAGUAGCAGCAGCGGCAGUGGAGGCCACUGCGCGACCCGAGGCGCCUGGACCCCGCUUAUCUGCUUGCUGCUGCUGCUACUGCUGCUCGGGUCACACUUGUAGCCCUUGCGCCCGUGCUGCAGGCCGGUGCACGCGAUCCGGCUGGUUCCAAGCCGGGCACCUGUGGC